AACGCUGGCCGCGGAGCUCCCUCCUCCCUGCCCUGCUCCUGCCAGCGCUCUCCCUCUGCCCUGCAGCUGCUGGCAGGGCCCCGGACCCGGGGACCGGCGGGGCAGACAGUGCUCAGCAGCAGCAGCCGGAGCCGCCCUGGGGACCCCGCCGCUGUGCCGCAAUGACAGCCAGGCAGCCGGCGGGAGCGUGAAAGCCGCCCGGCUCAAGAUGAACGCCUCCUCGGCGGCUGGCAACCAGAGCGGCCGGCCCUUCUGCCUGCUGGCCCUGGGCUACGCGGAGACGGUGAACGUCUGCCUCCUGGAAGCGAUCGUCAUCGUCUUCCUCACGGCUCUGAUCAUUUCGGGCAACGUCGUGGUGAUCUUCGUCUUCCACUGCGCGCCUCUGCUGAACCACCACACCACCAGGUACUUCAUCCAGACCAUGGCCUACGCCGACCUCCUGGUGGGCGUCAGCUGCCUGGUGCCUUCUUUGUCCUUGCUGCACUACCCCAUUGUUCCCUGGGAACCCUUGAUCUGCCAGGUCUUCGGCUACGUGGUGUCCGUGCUCAAGAGCGUGUCCAUGGCCUCUCUGGCUUGCAUUAGCAUAGACAGGUACACGGCCAUCACCAAGCCGCUGACCUACAACACCCUGGUCACUCCCUGGAGGCUCCGCAUCUGCAUCCUGACCAUCUGGCUGUACUCCUGCCUCGUCUUCUUGCCCUCCUUCCAGUGGGGAAAGCCUGGCUAUCACGGGGACGUGUUUCAGUGGUGUGCCAACUUCUGGGAAACGGAUCCCUAUUUCACACUUUUCAUCGUGCUGAUGCUCUACGCCCCAGCCGCUUGCAUCGUCUGCUUCACUUACUUCAACAUCUUCCGCAUCUGCCAGCAGCACACCAAGGAGAUCAACGAGAGACGCGUGCGCUUCAGCCCCCAGGAAGGGGAGGCCGGGGAGGCACAGUCCUGCCCGGAAAAACGCUAUGCCAUGGUCCUCUUCCGCAUCACCAGCGUCUUCUACAUCCUCUGGUUGCCCUACAUCAUUUAUUUCCUGCUGGAGAGCUCUCGCAUCUAUAGGAACCAUGUCGCUUCCUUCUUGACCACUUGGCUUGCCAUUAGCAACAGUUUCUGCAAUUGUGUCAUUUACAGUCUCUCCAACAGCGUCUUUCAGAAGGGGCUCAAACGGCUCUCGGGGGCAGUGUGCGCCUCUUGUGCGAGGCAUAGGUUAACAAAGGACUCCUUUACCUCUCGGGGCAAAAGGCCUUCCAGUGGAUGCCAUGUCUAAGAAGCAUGUCGCUGACUGGGGAAUGCAGGGACAGCCCUGUAAAUGGCAGCAUCCCUCCUGUACCACAGCGUGCAUUUUUAAGAGGUCCAGAUUUGCAAAAA